GUUUCGUUUUCAUUUUCUCUGUCUUCCAACAGAACUAGGAAAAAUAGCAUUUUGCUCCUUCUGAGAUGAUUUAGACACUCUUGUUUCUGUUAGUCUUGAGAGUAAAUGAUUCCAAUCGUUCCCUAAUUGACCCUGCAGGCUCUGAAGUUGAGAAAUAGCAAUGAGCUGUGUCUGGGUUGUGCCCAUCUUAUUAGUUCUGUGCAUCAGUACUCCACUGUCACAAGGCUCCACUUCUGCAUCCACUGGCACCAUCAAGGUCGGAGCGAUUUUCACAUUCAGUACAGUCAAUGGAAAAGUAUCAAAGAUUGCUAUGGAGGCUGCUGAGGAAGACAUCAAUGCCGACCCGGCCAUUCUUGGUGGGUGGAAGCUGUCUCUAGUAAUGCACGAUUCCAACUUCAGUGGAUUCAUCGGCUUUGUUGGGGCUUUACGCUUCAUGGAGACUGAUACUGUGGCAAUCAUCGGUCCACAAUCUUCUAUAAUGGCCCGUGUCCUUUCACAACUCACAACUGAACUUCAGACACCACUCUUGUCAUUUACAGCUUUAGAUCCCACCAUGUCUCCCUUGCAGUACCCUUAUUUUAUCCAGACAGCUCCAAACGACCUUUACCUGGUCACUGCUAUAUCAGACAUAGUUUCGUAUUAUCGUUGGCCAGAGGUAGUAGCCAUUUACACAGAUGAGGAUCAGGCUCGGAAUGGGAUGAACAUACUCGAUAAUUUGCUUCUGGACAGACACAGCAAGCUCUCCUACAAAGCAGCACUCCCAACAGAAGCAACUAGAAGCGAUGUCCAUGCAGCCCUAGUUAAGGUUUCCAGCAUGGAAGCUUGCGUGGUUGUUGUGCAUACUUAUACUAAAAUCGGCUUGUUGGUUUUUGAAGUGGCGCAGAGCCUUGGAAUGAUGAGGGAAGGAUAUGUUUGGAUAGCUACUACUUGGCUUUCCACUGUAUUGGACUCGGGUUCACUUGAUGUACCGAAUCCCGCCUCUUUUCAAGGAGCUCUCACUCUUCGACAGCACACUCCUGAUUCCCAAUUGAAAAGGGAAUUUGUCCAACGAUGGAAGAACCAACUCAGCAAUGGCUCGGUUGGGCUGAACCCAUGUGGGCUUUACGCAUAUGAUACUGUCUGGACAAUUGCUCGUGCUGUGAAGCAGUUUCUUGAUCAAGGCAACAACAUUUCGUUCUCCGAUGACACAAAACUGAAUGAAAUCAGCAGGGGAACUUUGAAUCUCAGAGCUUUGAGCAAAUUUGAAGGAGGGUGGAAACUUCUUAACAACAUAUUACAGACAGAUGUGAAUGGUCUGACUGGACCGAUUCGGUUUCACCCAGACCGGUCAGUUUGGAACCCUUCCUAUGAUGUUCUUAAUGCUGUCAAAGGUGGUGGUCACCAGCUGAUUGGGUACUGGUCCAAUUAUUCUGGUCUGUCUGUUGUUCCUCCUGAGGAAUUGUAUGGAGAAAAUCCACCAAACCGUUCUGCUUCAAACCAGCAUCUGAACUCCAGUGUGGUGUGGCCAGGUGGAGCGGAAGCUGUGCCACGUGGUUGGGUCUUCCCCCAUAACGGAAUACCAUUGAAGAUUGGAGUUCCUAACAGAGCUAGCUAUCGAGAUAUUGUGACGGCAGUUAAUAGCAGUAGUGCAGUUGCAGGAUAUUGCACUGAUGUUUUCUUAGCUGCCAGGAGAUUGCUUCCUUAUCGGCUUCCCUAUGAGUUCAUUCCUUUUGGUGAUGGCCACAAGAACCCCAGCUAUUCUGAACUUGUGAAUAAGAUCACCACAGGGGUAUUCGAUGCUGUUGUUGGUGACAUUACGAUCGUGACAGACAGAACAAAGGCUGUGGAUUUCACUCAGCCGUUCAUAGAGUCGGGGUUGGUUGUGGUUGUUCCAAUGAGGAAGAUGAACUCUAGUGCGUGGGCGUUUUUGCAGCCAUUCACUCCUUCAAUGUGGGGGAUGAUAGGGUUGUUCUUCGUCAUUGUGGGAGCCGUCAUUUGGCUCCUUGAGCAUAGGACCAAUGACGAGUUUAGAGGGCCACCUAGACAGCAGUUGGUAACGGUUCUUUGGUUUAGCUUGUCCACUAUGUUUAUGGCCCAUAGUAAGUGUCCUUACCCGUUUUGCAAGUGUUUUUGGCAAAUGGUUGUAACGACUAUUGAUAAAGUGAGUGACUUGGAGAUUUUGGGUUUGGCAGGAGAAAACGUAGGGAGCACCAUGGGCAGAUUUGUGCUGAUAAUAUGGUUGUUUGUAAUCCUAAUAAUAAACUCGAGCUACACAGCCAGCCUGACUUCCAUUCUCACAGUUCAACAGCUAUCCUCACCCAUCACUGGAAUUGAAUCCCUGGUAUCUGGGAACCAGGCAAUAGGUUACCAAGUUGGGUCCUUCGCAGAAAACUACUUGAUGUAUGAACUCAACAUUCAGAAGAACAGGCUCUUCCCACUGGGUUCCCCCCAGGAAUAUGCACUCGCGCUCUCGAAUGGCACCGUUGCAGCUGUAGUCGACGAGAAACCUUACGUCGACCUGUUCCUUGCGGAUCACUGCAAGUUCUCCAUCCGUGGCGAUGAAUUCACCAAAAGCGGCUGGGGUUUCGCGUUUAGGAGGGAUUCGCCGGUGGCAGUGGACAUGUCGACGGCUAUCUUGGGACUUUCAGAGAACGGGGAGCUGGAGAGAAUACAAAGCAAGUGGCUGUCGAGAAAGCUGCAUUGCAAGGGCGAUCAAGGCGGGUCAUCGGAUCAGCUGCAGCUCGAAAGCUUCGCGGGGCUGUUUCUGUUGUGUGGAAUUGCUUGCUUUAUGGCCCUGGCAAUCUAUUUUUGCUACACUCUCUACCACUUCAAGAAACACUGCCCCGGUGGCAGUGCUUGCAUUGGCGAUGGUGAUGGUGGUGCUGGCCCGUGUUCAUCAUCAUCAACUGGACCUGUGCCCGGGCCGCAGGGGUGGAAGAGGAAGGGGAAAUCUGGGUCUGGGAUGAGAAGGGUGCAGAGGUUCAUGUCGUAUGCGGAUGACAAGGCGGAUGUCUGGAGAUUGAAGCCCAAGAGGAAGCGUGCAGCUGAGGGUGAUGAUGUCGAUGAUACAUGGAAGCCCCAGACGACACCACAUUCGUCGUCGUACGAUGAUGAAUUUCGCGGGAGUGGGAGCAAUGGGAUGGAUUCUGAGCGUCAGAAGGAACAGCAGGAUAGACAUGUUCGCUUCGUUGAUAACAAGUUUUCAAGGUAGCCACGGCUGCUGCUGGCUGGCUUCAGCGUCUCCCCAUUUGCAUCUCUGCUGCUAGCUGGCUGCGCAUGCACAUGCUGGUAUCCACACCCCCCACAAAAUUUCUUUUGUUCUACUACCCAAAGCCACAUUCCACAAUUUUUACAAGCUGCAACCCAACGGUUUGUUUAAUUAUUAUAGGAAAGAGAUCUAUAGAAACAAAUUAUAUAAGGAAAAUCAUGCAACCCAGUUGAUUCAUUUGCAUAUAACAAAGAGACAACGGUCAACGCACCAAGUCAGCACAACCCAGUUUGAUUUUUUCCACCUAUUAUCAUUUUUAUUUUUUAUUUUGAACAAAAGAAGUAAAAAAAGAAACACCUAUUUUUAUUUU